AUAAUGUGGUGUACUUUUAUAUAGGCGGGAGGGGGUGAUGUGUGGGAGUUCAGGUCUGCUCGGCUCAGGAGGUUGGAAGUUUAAGUUGAGUCUUCUCAUCCGUGUGAGGACGAAAAUGCUACGUGUUCAACUCAUGCUGCUUCUGGGUCUGUUGGUGUUCACCUUGCCCCAGAAAGUUAGGCCUGUGGUUGGCCAAGACCAGGAUCACUUCAGCGUACCGGAGCUCAGUGAUGUCUGCACUGAGGGCAGCUGUUACCCAGCAACGGGAGAUCUUCUGAUUGGUCGAGCGCACCAGCUUUCAUCCACCUCCACCUGUGGACUAACUCGUCCUGAACCCUUCUGCAUUGUCAGUCAUCUGCAGGAGGAAAAAAAAUGUUUCAUGUGUGACUCAGUGGUGCCCUACAGCGAACUAGACAAUCAGACGGGAAGCCAUCGUAUUAAGAAUGUUGUGACCACCUUUGCUCCAAACAGACUGAAGACAUGGUGGCAAUCUGAGAAUGGUGUGGAAAAUGUCACAAUCCAGCUAAACCUGGAAGCAGAGUUUCACUUCACUCACCUCAUCAUGACCUUCAAAACAUUUCGACCUGCUGCAAUGGUCAUUGAGCGCUCAGCAGACUUUGGGAAAACGUGGAAGGUGUAUCGCUACUUUGCCUAUGACUGUGAAACAUCCUAUCCUGACGUUUCCGUGGGUCCCAUGAAGAAGGUUGAUGACGUCAUCUGUGACUCACGCUAUUCCGACAUUGAACCAUCAACUGAAGGAGAAGUCAUUUUCAGAGUCUUGGACCCCGCUUUUCGGAUUCAUGACCCAUACAGCUCUCGAAUCCAAAAUAUGCUUAAGAUCACCAAUCUAAGGGUGAAGUUCACCAAACUUCACACGCUUGGGGACAACCUGCUUGACUCGCGUAUGGAGAUUAAAGAGAAGUAUUACUAUGCAGUCUAUGACAUGGUGGUUCGAGGAAACUGCUUCUGCUAUGGACAUGCGUCAGAGUGUGCCCCAGUCCAGGAAACUGGCUCUGUUCGGGAAGGCAAGGUUCACGGUCACUGCACGUGUAAUCAUAAUACCAAAGGACUCAACUGUGAACAGUGUCAAGAUUUUUAUCAUGACCUACCUUGGAGACCAGCUGAGGGACGCAACACCAAUGCCUGCAAGAAGUGCAAUUGCAACCAGCACUCGGAUUUAUGUCACUUUGACAUGGCCGUCUAUGUGGCCUCUGGAAAUGUAAGUGGUGGUGUGUGCGAUGGCUGUCAACACAAUACAACCGGAUACAACUGUGAGCAGUGCAAACCGUUCUUCUUCCAACACCCUGAGAAAGAUGUCAGAGAUCCAAACAUCUGCCAACCAUGCAGUUGUGACGCGUUGGGCACGCUGAAUGGAGGAAUCUGUGAUGGGAGGACAGACAUUCGACUCGGACUCAUUUCUGGCCAAUGCCGCUGCAAAGUCAAUGUGGAAGGAGAACGCUGCAACCGCUGCAAGCAGGCAUAUUAUGGGCUCACGGUUUCCUCCGAAGGCUGCAAAGCCUGCACUUGCAGCCUUCUGGGAACAGUUCCUGGCGGAAAUCCUUGUGACAGUGAGACAGGAAACUGCUUCUGUAAACGAUUAGUCGUUGGCAAGGACUGUGACCUUUGUGUGUCUGAACACUGGGGUCUCAGCAAUGAUAUGGAUGGCUGCAGACCAUGUGACUGUGACUUGGGGGGAGCAAUCAAUAACCAAUGCGAUCAGCUGACUGGUCAGUGCCUCUGCAGAGAUCACAUGUUCGGGCGUCGCUGUGAUCAAGUUGAGUCGGGAUUCUACUUCGUUGCUCUUGACCACUACACCUACGAGGCAGAGGAUGCCAAAUUAGGGCCUGGCGUAUUGGUGGUUUCAAGGCCCCACCCACAGGACCACCAUCCCACUUGGACAGGUAUCGGCUUGGUCAACGUCCCUGAGGGAGCCUUCAUAGAAUUCAUGGUUGACAACAUUCCUCACUCCAUGGAAUACGACAUUCUCAUCCGCUAUGAGCCUCAGCUGCCUGACCAAUGGGAGGAAGUUCUGAUGACAGUGAUGAGACCAGAUGAGAUCACAGCAGAUAGUCGUUGUAUAAAUACUGUGCCAGAUGACGACCACCAAAUGAUUUCGCUCCACCCUGGGUCACGACAUGUGGCUCUUCCCAGACCGGUUUGUUUUGAAUCUGGUCUGAACUAUACCAUCCGCCUCAGUCUGCCAUUGUAUUCAGCCCUCAGUGAUGUGCAGUCUCCGUACACGCUCAUUGAUUCGAUCGUGCUGAUUCCUCACUGCAAGAACUUGGACCUCUUUACAACCCCAGAAGGGGAAUCUGGUGGAAACCGUGGAUGGGAAACUUUUCAACGAUAUCGUUGUAUGGAGAAUAGUCAGAAUGUUAUCAAGACACAGAUGACUGACAUUUGCCAAAACUUAAUCUUCAGCAUUUCUGCUCUGCUCCAUCAGGGAGCCAAAGAAUGCCAGUGUGACCCCCGAGGCUCUCUGAGUACAGUCUGCAACGUGAGUGGAGGUCAGUGUCAAUGUCGACCUCAUGUUGUCGGAAGAAACUGUGACAGAUGUGCUCCAGCUACUUUCCAGUUUGGACCAAGUGGCUGCAAAGAAUGCAACUGUGACGCUCAGGGCUCACAGAGCCCUCUUUGCGAUCAGCUCACUGGUCAGUGUGUGUGUGUUUCGGGAGCAUACGGACGUCAGUGUAAUCGCUGUUUACCGGGCUACUGGGGGUUCCCUGCGUGUCGUCCCUGCUCUUGCAAUGGGCACGCAGAAGACUGCGACGCUCACACGGGACAGUGCCUCAAUUGCAGGGACUUUAGCACAGGCCACAACUGUGACAGGUGCAUGGAUGGUUACUAUGGCGACCUGACUCUGGGCUCUGAUGACCACUGUCGCCCCUGCAUGUGCCCUGAUGGUCCAGGCAGCCUGCGGCAGUUUGCAGGAAGUUGUUUCCGUGGUGAUAAUUCCCAACAAGCUGUCUGUAUGUGUAACACUGGAUACAAAGGUGCUCGCUGCAAUGAGUGCUCCCCUGGUUACUUUGGAAACCCACAUGAGAUUGGGGGCUCGUGCCAACCCUGUAAGUGCAACAACAAUAUCGAUAUGUUGGAUCUGGAAUCCUGCAACGCCCAAACUGGCGAAUGCCUGCGCUGUCUUUAUCACAGCGAGGGGCAUUCCUGCGAAAAUUGCAUGAUCGGUUACUAUGGCAAUGCACUACUGCAAGACUGCAGGAAGUGUGUUUGUAACCAGCUUGGUAGUGAUAGUGCCAGCUGUCCUUCAUCAGGUGACUGUCACUGUGACCGCAGCAGUGGUCAGUGUCAUUGUCUCCCUCAUGUGAUUGGUAAGCACUGCGACCGUUGUGCACCUGACACCUGGAACAUGGCUAGCAAUAAGGGCUGUCAGGCCUGCGACUGCGACACCAAACAUUCAUAUGGGAGCUCGUGCAAUGAGAUCAGUGGUCAAUGUUCGUGUAUGCCCGGCUUUGGAGGCAGGACGUGCAGAGAAUGUCGAGAACUCUUCUGGGGAGACCCAGAGGUCAAAUGUCAUGAAUGCGAUUGUGAACCUUCUGGUGUCACACAGCCGCAGUGCAACAAAGACAACGGUCACUGCGUUUGUGUAGAAGGGGUAUCUGGUCCACGUUGUGACAGCUGUGCCCGUGGCUUCUCUGGUACCUUUCCCAACUGCCAACGCUGCCACCAAUGCUUCGCGGAGUGGGAUGCUGUCAUUGGACAAUUAACAAAUCAGACGCACCGCCUUGCAAACAAGGUAAACGCUAUCAAAAUGAGUGGAGUCAGCGGGCCCUACAGAAAGUCAAUAGACAGUAUGGAAAGAAGUGUAUCUGACAUCCACGCCAUCCUGAACCAAAACCCAGCCUCACAACCUCUAACCGAGAUCCAACAGCUCUUAGAGGAGGCCAAUGACUUGAUGGGGUCUUUGAGUCAAUCACUGAACCACACGGAAAAGAUUCUAAUCAACGUGCAAGAGGAGAAAAGUGACAUGGAGGGCAAAUUAAAAUUGCUGAUGGCAGAUGCUCAGAAACUCGAGCAGACCGUUCAGGACAUUAUGGAUCAAAUUGAGUUCAUCAGGAACUCCGAUGUCCGAGGGGCAACCAAGACUGUCACAAAGUACUUCCUGCAGUCUCGGGUGGCUGAAGAACAAGCAAAUGCAUCCACCACUGACCCCGACAGCCCGAUUGAGAAUUCUGCUAAAUUACGCAAACUCACAGAAGAGAAGAUAAACCUAACCAGAGAUGACUUCCUCAGGAAACACACCGAGUAUGCACAAAGACUAGACAACCUGGCGGAUCAAAUCCAGACUCUAGACCUGACAGAGCUCAGUCACAAGACAUGCGGCAAUCCAGCAGGCGGGGACUCAUGUUCCUCUCCCUGUGGGGGAUUAGGAUGUGUAAAUGCAGAGGGUGGCCCCAUGUGUGGAGGGGAAGCAUGUGAUGGUGUGUUGACAAUGGCUCACUCCAGCUGGCAGAAAACAUUGGAGUCCGAACAGGAAAUAUUAAAUGCCAUGGAGGAAGUGGACAAAUUUGCCAAAAUGGUGUCUGAGGCAAAACAAAAAGCAGAUCAAGCAAAAAUGAGUGCGCACAACGUUUUUAUGAAGACUAAUAGGACUAAACACUAUAUUGAUCAGAGCAACGAGGAGCUACGGACCCUCAUUCAAGAAAUUCGAGACUUCCUCACAGAGGAUGGGGCAGACUUGGAGAGUAUUGAAAAAGUUGCAAAUGAGGUGCUGGCCAUGCAGAUGCCAACCACACGUGAGCAGCUUCAGAACCUCACAGAUGAAAUUCGCAAAAUGGUGGGGGAGCUGGGCGAUGUGGAGACUAUCCUGCAGCAGAGCAAUGAUGACAGUGAGAGAGCUGAAAGUCUACUGAAACAGGCCCGGCAAGCUCGUCAGGGGGCAGCUGCUGUGAAGGAAUCCGCUGAGAUGGUCAAACAAGUGCUGGAAGAAGCUCGGAGAGCUCAGACAGCUGCCAGCAGUGCCAUGCAGCAGGCCACAGAUGAUAUCAAGAACACCAACAAGCUGCUACUCUCAGUGAAGUCCGGUACAUCAGAUGUGGAAAUAAAAUUGGGCAAUGCCAUUGGGCGGUUGCAGCAACUUGAUGAGGAUGUGACACUACUGAGAGGCCAAACUCUGAAUGCCACACUGAGCAGUCAACAUACCAUUCAGGAUGCAACGAGCAUCAGACAAAUAGUGAAAGAGGUGAAAAGGGGCAUCGACUCUGAAAUUAAGGACAAGUACUCCACUGUCGAGCAACGGAUUGCACAAAAAGGGAGCGGUGUGGCUGAGGCAAAGAAGAGGGCAGAAUUAUUGCAGCAAGAAGCCAAGGAGCUCCUGUUGCAAGCCAGUGACAAGCUGCAGAUUCUCAAAGAGCUCGAAAAGUCAUUUGAGGAAAACCAUCGUGCACUGGAGUUGAAGGCAGAAAAACUGGUGGAGUUGGAGGCCUCGGUUAAGGAGCUGCUGCAGCAGAUCAGCCACAAAGUUACAGUUUAUAGCACCUGUUUAUUCUGAGGUCAAAGGUCACCCACAAAGGUCCUUGCAAAAGGAGCAUUCUUUUUAUUUUUUGACCUCAAAGAACACAAAAUGGACAUGUCAAAUUUCCAUAACAGCUUAAUAAUUGUGUUCCCCUUUAUCGGUGUGUCCAUUUGGAGUUACUAGUGUACAUCAUUGGAUCUGUUCUUUGGGUCUUCAUAACAGCAAAAGCUAAACAAGAAUGUAACUGUCGUAUCACUGACCAUUCAUUCCAGAUUUGUCGAUAAAAUCAUUGGAUGGCAAGAAUUAUUCACCUGUGGCCAUGAGUUAGGAAUCAGGAUUACUUUUAUUUUGUUUGUUGUUAAGUUUGUUUGAAAUAUAGUCCAAUAGUUUUCUUUUUCUUGAACCUUACAGUUGCAUCACACAAAGUGAUCCUGAAAACGGCAAGUAAUAAAUGAUUUUUCAAGCUGAAA